UCCAGGCUCGCGGCUCUUUCGGAAGGAUGCGCGCUCUCCCGGUUCUCUUCUCCGUAGCUGCUCUCCUCCUGCACUCCUCCGCGGGGAUGCUCGGGGAGAUGCAGCUGACUGCGCCGCUGUGCAAGUCAGGAUUUUCACAAAGCCUUUAUUCCCUGCGCCUCUCCAGGGAUCUAGUGUAUGGCCGAAGUGUGCUCAAAGACACCUUGCUGUCAUCCGGAGCAGUUGAUUUUGAUGACUGUUUAGGGAACAGAGCCGUACGUCUGGACAGCAGUGAUCCCCGCUUCAGAGUCGAGACAGACGGAUCGGUGUACACACAGACAGACGUGUUCACUCUGAAGACACCCAUAACAUUUAGAGUGACGGCUCACAGCGCAGACCAAACACACACCUGGGAGACCAUCGUUCAACUGAAGCUCGAGGAAAUGACAGGUAAUUACAUGGCACAAGGACAAGAGGACACCGGGACACAGGAAGUUGUCAUCAGGUUUCCUCCAAGACAGACCUCGAGAUCUGGUGAUCUGAGGCGGCAGAAGCGAGACUGGGUCAUUCCACCAAUCAACGUCCCAGAGAACUCCCGAGGACCCUUUCCACAGAUGCUCGUCAGCAUCCGUUCAGAUAAAGAUCGCUCCAUUAACAUCAGAUACAGCAUCACGGGCAUGGGAGCGGAUCAGCCACCUAAUGAAGUCUUCAACAUCGAUCCAGAGAAAGGCAAGAUGUACGUCACCAAGCCUCUGGACAGAGAGGAGCGCUCUUCCUACCAUCUUCGUGCUCACGCAGUCGAUAUGAACGGGAAUCAGGUGGAGCAGCCGGUCGACCUCUACAUCUUCGUCAUCGACAUGAACGACAACCGGCCCGAGUUCAAGAACCAGAUCUACAACGGUUCCGUGUUGGAGGGAUCCAAACCAGGUACGACGGUUAUGACCGUAACAGCACACGAUGCCGAUGACAUCACCACCUCUAAUGGCAUGGUGCAUUACCGGAUUCUCCAGCAGACCCCGCACAUCCCGAUCCCAAAUAUGUUCACUAUUAACAGAGAGACAGGAGACAUAGUCACAGUCGCAGCUGGACUCGACAGAGAGAGAGUUCCUCAGUACACAGUGAUCGUCGAGGCGACAGAUAUGGAGGGGAAUCUGAACUUCGGUUUGUCGAGCACGGCCACAGCGCUAAUCGCCAUCACUGACAUCAACGACAACCCGCCUGAGUUCACACAGAGCACGUUCACGGGCGAGGUAAUGGAGAACAGCGUGAACGUGGUGGUAGCGAACCUCUCAGUCGUCGAUAAGGACGAGCCCCGGACGCCAAACUGGAACGCCGUGUACCGCGUCGUCAACGGCGACACCGGACGCCACUUCACCAUACGGACAAAUCCGGAGAACAACGAUGGCAUGCUCACUGUGGUGAAGCCGGUGGACUUUGAGAUGAAUCGAGCGUUCAUGUUGACGGUGGUGGUCUCCAAUCAGGCUCCUCUGGCUGAUGGGAUCCAAUCGUCUCUCCAGUACACCGCCGGGGUCACCGUCUCCGUAAAGGACGUCAACGAGGCACCGGUUUUCCCAGAGAACCCCAAAAUGGUGCGAUUUGAGGAAGGAGUUCCCGCUGGCACCAUCAUCACCACGCUCACUGCGCGAGACCCGGACACCUUUAUGCAGCAAAGCAUACGAUAUCUCAAGUUGUCGGAUCCGGCUAACUGGCUCUCCAUCAACGGAACAAACGGUCAGAUCACCACGACGGCAGUGCUGGACAGAGAAUCUGUUCAUGUCAAGAAGAACAUCUAUGAAGCCACGUUCCUCGCUGCUGACAACGGCUCUCCUCCUGCCAGUAGCACAGGAACGCUGCAGAUAUUUCUCAUCGAUGUGAACGAUAACGCUCCGUCACUCGUUCCUCACGACGCCCAGAUCUGUGAAAGAUCCCACAUGAACUCUGUGAACAUCACGGCUGUGGAUGCAGACACCGAUCCCAAUGUCGGACCCUUCGUCUUCGAGCUGCCUCUUCACCCCUCCAUCAUCAGGCGGAACUGGACCGUCUCACGAAUCAACGGAGACUUUGCACGUCUGAGUCUAAGAAUCCAGUUCCUGGAAUCGGGAGUGUACGAGGUUCCAAUUUCUGUGUCAGACUCGGGUAACCCGCCACUCUCCAAUCGCUCGGUUAUUAAGGUGAAGGUGUGUCCGUGUGAUGAACAUGGCGACUGCACUGCUCUCGGUGCCGUAGCAGCGGCGGGCCUGGGCACGGGUGCCAUCAUCGCCAUCCUGAUCUGCAUUAUUAUACUUCUUAGCAUGGUUUUGCUCUUUGUGGUUUGGAUGAAGAGGAAAGAGAAGGAAAGACAGACCAAACAGCUGCUGAUCGACCCCGAGGAUGAUGUCAGAGACAACAUCCUCAAAUAUGAUGAGGAAGGAGGAGGCGAGGAGGACCAGGACUAUGACCUGAGUCAGCUGCAGCAGCCCGACUCCCUGGAGCACAUCAUGGGAAAACCCACUGGUGUCCGACGGGUGGACGAGAGACCCGUGGUGCCGGAGUCACAGUAUCCACUACGGCCCAUGGUGCCACACCCUGGAGACAUUGGAGAUUUCAUUAACGAGGGUCUGAGAGCAGCGGAUAAUGACCCGACAGCCCCACCAUACGAUUCGCUGCUAGUAUUUGAUUACGAGGGCAGUGGAUCCACAGCGGGGUCGGUCAGCUCACUCAACACCUCCAGUAGCGGGGAGCAAGACUACGACUACCUCAACGAUUGGGGACCGCGUUUCAAAAAACUGGCCGACAUGUACGGUGGUGGAGACGACUAGAACGGAAAGGGACAGUCCCUCAAAGGCUCCUCAGACGUCACCUGACCUGUGGCGACGACCAAUCAUGGGCCUCUCUCUCUCUCUCUCUCUCUUUUUCUCUCUCUCAAAUCACCUUUCAAUCGCUUGGCCAGCUCCAGAGAGACUUGUACAGAGAGAGACAGUGAUGUAGUGGCCCUGCUUUUUCAUUUAAUUAUGUUUUUUUUUUUCAUUUCUUUUUAGUAGUCGAGCUCUAUUCAUGCUUUGUGCUCAUUAUUAUUUUUAUUUUUUUUUUUUGCUCGAAGAAUCCUGCAUUUUGGUUGAUGCAACCAUCUGCAGGCAAAAACCUCCUGCUAGUAUUGAGACAACACAUAAAAAAGUGAAAAAAAAAAGGUUAAAAAAAAGACAAGGUAGGCAUUCUACUCUGAAAAAAUGGUCUGAACAAGCCAUUCUUUUUCUUUCUCUGAACUUGAAUUCUUUCGAGAAGAGGAGCACCGUCGUAAUUACCGUCGUUGUCGUUAUCGUUGUUUAAGAAGUGCCUUUAGUGGUGCGUAGUUCUUGGAUUUCUCUCAGGAUUGGUCUUCUGUCCAGACCUACACCUGACAUCAACAACACUUCUACAGCUGACCGGCCAUAUUCAAGUUCCUUAUAAUUCUCCUGCAAGAACUUUGAGGCUUUUGGCUUGUAUCCCCAUGACAGAAAGCUUGCGUCAGGUUUGCGUCAAAUGAGAGUACACAGAUAUUUGGUUUUUGGGAUAAAAAUAAAUUACAUUGUCUCACAUGCUUUCAAAAGGACGGUUAUGGAGGGUGCAACAAUAUCUGUAUACAGUAUUAAAACGUGAGGGAUUUUAAAUUUGGUCAUACCAAUAACACUGUACACGAUCUACCGUGAUACUUUAGCGUGAUUUUAAAAUUUCACUACCCUGGAUGAGGCUGUCUGGGCAUGCAACAUUUCUGCUCCUGGGGUAAAGAUUGUUCCCUUGAGAAAGACAGCUUCUGAGGUUCUUCGAAGGUUCCUCUUCUUUAGAUAGGUUAAAACACAGAAUCCUGUGUGGCAGUAAAUCUCUUGAGUUUGAGAAACAGUGCACAGGUGCGUCUCUCUAAAAUGUGAGAAAUGUCAUUGUGUCAUCAUGGUAUAGAGUUGUCUGUUAUUGUGUUAUGAACAUGUAAUGCAAUGUAAUGCCUUGAAAUACUAGAGUUAGGGUUUCACUUCCAUGUUUGCCUUUUAUUAAAACCACAGGUAUUUUUAUGUCUUUUGGCCUCCCGUUCACAGAGAAAACAGUAUUUUGGAUCGUUAAAAACAACACUCUGGAAUAGGUUUUCCAUCAUCAUUGUAAAAGAUAUUUUCAAAAACGCUGGUCAGGAAGAGGAGAAAAACUUGUUCGUCUCAGUCUUCACAGCAACAAGCUCAAGAUGCAACUCAGAGCUCACUAAUUUAAGCAUCAUACAUUCAUUACUCGUCUCCAAAGCAUAUAUUAGGAAACUAAUGAGGACAAAUUGCAUGGAUGUCAGCAAAAGAUUAAACAACUUCUUACUCUAAGCCGUGUUCCAAAACUUCCUGGAUUCACUUUUGAAUCAUACAUGAGUGUUCAUUCAUCACAUCAGCUCAAGAAACUCACGCACUGUGCAUCACUGCACUUUUGAGUAGUUUGUCCACCCAUUUAUAACCAAAUCGGUUGGGCUUUUUAAGAAAACGUUCACUCGUUCAUGACGAAUCUCCAACUUUUUAACAUACUAUGGAAGUAUUCACAAUAAAAUAUCUGUAUAGAUAAUAAAUCUAGUUUGAUGUGUGAGACUCUGCUGAUGUUCCAAUUUAUGCUGAACUUCCCAUCAGCAGCACAGAAGGAAGAGUGCAGAAAGUUAUUCAAGUUCCUCAUAAUUUCACUAUAAGCUUGUUAAAAUUAAAUGUCAGCUAAAGUUAAAAGGUAAGAAGAUCUAUAACAUUUGGCAAACCAUUUUUGGCGAGCACGAGGAUUGGUGGCAUCAGUGACAAUCCAGUGUUAAAAUUAAUGGUUCAUAAAACGCCUGCAUUCGUUUUUUUUUUUUGUUGUUGUUGUUAUUGUUGUUCUAAAGAUCUGUUGUAGCUUUCAUUACAAAGCAGCAUCCCGAGGGCCAUACGAAAGAAAGUUCUGCGUCAUGUUGGGACGUAAAAUCUGAUUAUGCAUAAUCUGAACAAGUUUAGAAAAGUAGGAUGUUAGGAACCAGCAGAACUUUGUAGGGAACUAGUGAUAGAAACUGGAAUGUCCAGAGGAGCAAAUAAGGAAACGGUGAUUUACUGUAUACGGUAAUAAGAAAAGUGUUGAUAUUAUCAAAAAUUUUAAAGACAUUAGUAUGCAGGAGAUAAUACUAAUCAGAGUGAUCCAUGUGAUCCAGAUGGAGAAGUCGAGCAGAAAUCUGAGAAACAGGAUGUAAACAAGGAAGUGAACAACUGAUGGUGUAAACAGACUGCGGCUGCGUUCACACUUGGCUUUCUUUUCGCCUUUCGUGGAUAUGAAAAGAAUUGACCUCAACAAAGCAACGAUCCUAAAAAUCCUAGCUAUCCUAGUUUGUUCACUAGAUUAGAUUUAUUAGUAUUAGUAAUGCAGGUGACGUAAAAUCUCAGGAGGUGGUGAGGAGGAUGUUCGUCUUGGCCGUAGCUUUAGAGGAAAGAUAAGUACAAGAAUUGAAAUCUUGAGUCUUAAAAUGAAAUACAGACGUCAAAGUUAAACUUUUUAAACUUUACUGUAAACAACAAAAAACAAGAUUGGCCACUGGAGCACUGCCAAGUGUGAAAGCAGCCGGACAGAACUACAAUACGGCCCAUGAGGAGAAGAUGGUUGGUAAUCAAAGGGCGUGGUCAGGGGCGGAGAUAGACGGGGACGCAAGCCAGAAAGGCAUGAGACAGGAAGGCUUCUAUGACGCCAACUUAUGCACUCACUAUGCACUAUGUUCUUAUACUAUACAAUGAGCACUCGUCCAGUACCUUUGACGGUAACUCAUAUCAAUAUAACAUUAACAAUUUAGAUAGAAAUAACAUAAAUGUUAUCUCAUAUCAUCAAGACACCAGAACAGCCUUCGCGGGAAGAAACUAAUUUAAAACCGUAGCGUAAGCCAUUUUAAAAUAGAAUAACUGCAGUGCUCUCCGGUAGCUCCGCCCCUUCUGCUGAAUUUUACACUACAAUUGAGACAUUAGUAAAAACAAAACAAAAAAAAAAAACAGAGCUAACAUUAGACACUGUGUAUUUUAAAAGUGGUUUCAAAUGUUCAAGUCAAUUGUUAUUGCUAAUAAGCUUUGUUAAAAAAAAAAUCCUGCAUGUUUUUUUUUUAGAUUUUCUUUUUUUAUUAUUAUUUUUAAACAAUGUCUGUAAUUCAUUGUGUGUAAUGCAGGUUUAAGAGGCCUCAUCAGACUCACUGUUCAAGUCAUUAUUCCUUUUAUUCACAGAAGCCAUUCACAGCUACGCUAUAGAAGCUCUGCUUUUUUUUUUUGGUUUUGUUUUUUUGGUUUUACAAACGCAAAUGUUGUAUAUACGUUGUUGUUGUUUUUUUUUGUUGUUGUUCUUGUUUUUUAAUGGAACAUUGUGUAAAGAGUCUUGUCUUUUAUUUUCUUGAGGUUAAUUCAGUUCAAUAUCUUUAAAACACCAAGAAAAAAGCCAUGUAAAUGUGGUGUCAGUGAGCAACUUAAAGCCUAUGGCCAUCAUCUGAAAGCGUCAUUACUGCAGUUUCUUACACAUUUCCAUCUUUUUUUUUCUUUUGCACAAAUAUAUUCAGAAACAAAACCCUCUGAGUUGAGAAUACACCGAUAACUCAACAUUACAGCCGCUAUAAAUACAACAACAACAAAAAAUCUUGUUUGUCAGGAAAGAUACUCUCAUACACACAAAUCCAUUCACAAAUAUGUCUAAUUAAUAGAAUACAUCUGAGAUAUGCACAAAACAGAAAGUCCAAGUGCACUACAGGUAAUUUGAUCAUCUACCGACAUCGAAACACGUCUCUGAACACCACGGAGGUGGCCAUUAUGCCUUACAAUUUGGCAACUAACAGGUGACUAGUAACAGUAAUCAGGUCACAUGGUCAGGGUGGAGCUAGGGUAUUUUUUCUCAAGUAAAAAUUUCUUUAUUAAAGGAUUUGAGGAGGAUAUUUUAAGAAAUUUGCCUCUUAAAUGCUACUGCCUGUUACUAAGAUUUAUGGAUCUACACACACACACACACACACACACACACACACACACAAGUCACUGUUAAUGUAAACUGAAAUACCAUUAUUUUUAACAUAUUGACCCAUGUACAAACUUCUGUCUUAUACAGGAUUCUACUCUCUUAUGCACAUUUUAAUGGACUUUUAAGUAUUUCAAGGGGCUUAACAUUGAGGUUGGUUAUAUGGUUGUGUUAGCACUGACUUAGAACAGUCACCCUUUUUCAAAUAAACGUUAAGUUAUGAGCAUAAUACAACUACUCGAUUCAUCAUUUAAAUCAGUCUUCAGUCUUAUCUGCAAAGGGCCAGUGUAGGCUUCAUUAUACCUGAACAAUAAAUAAAAAAAUUAUUUUAAAAAAGUGAAAUCAUGUGUGGCUCUUGCUGCAAUGUAGGGUUAAAGUUGUAGUCAAAUUUUUAAUGUCAGGAUUAGGGUUAAAUGUUUGGGAUUAGGGAUACCUUUAUGGGAUUGGCGACCGUGCUAGUGUUGGAGGAUUGAUAAUGGGUUGAGGUUAGGGCUAGGGUUAAAUGGUUGGGAUUAGAGCUAUGGUUAAAGAGUGGGAAAUUAGGGUGAGGGUUUUAUUAAUGAAUUGGGUUUAAGGUUAAGGUUAGAUCUGUCUAUAGGGUUACGGCAAGGAUUCAAGUGUUAUGGUUAUGGGGGAGUUAAUGAUUGGGGCUUAAGGCUAGGGUUAAAUGGUUGGAACUGGGACUGGGGUUAAAGGUAUCAGGUAUGAGCUAGGGUUGGGGUUAGAGAUACAGUUAAAGAGUUUAGUUAUUGUUUUGGGGCUAUAGCUAAGGAUAAUAGUACGGGGUAAGGGCUAGGUUUAAAGGUUAUGGUUUGUGGUGGGGUUAAUGGUUAAGGGGUUAAGGCUAGGUUUGAUAGACUGAAGAAAGGACUAGGGUUAAAAGUAUCAGAUGUGUGCUAGGGCUAAAAGGUUGGGUUUAUGGGCUAGGGUUGGAGAGCUGGAGCUAGGAUAAAAAAAUUAGGGUUUGGGAUAGGAUUAGAAGGUUUGGGUUAAAGCAAGAAAGGGGUUAAAUGUGUGGGGCUAGGGCUAGAGUCAAUGGGUUGGA